AUGAGUUAUAAAAGGUUCGUUCAAUUUUUACAUUUAUUUUUUUUACUAGGUGCUGGAUUAUUAGUAUUCUUUUUAAUCCUUUCAGGAGCUAGAGAAACUGGUGUUUUAAAACAUUUCUAUUGGUUCCAAGCAACUACAUAUCUAAUGACUGAUGAAGGUAACAUGACGCGUUGGUACAACUACAGAUAUUGCAGCCUCUCUUGGUUCGCAAACCAACCAAUAAAUUGUUCUCCAAGUGCUGCGGCAACACCUUUCUCUCCGUUAGAUAAUUUUGGUUCUACAAGGUAUAUUCCCUCCUCCUUCGUUGAUCAUAGAGAUACUUAUUACUAUUUAUCUAGAGUCGGCUGGGCAAUGCUUCUAAUUAGUCUAUUUCUAAUAAUAAGUACUAUUAUUCUUUCAAUAGUACGUUUAUUCAUGAUGAGAGAUCGGAUAGUCUCUAGAAUGACUGUUGUGUUCCAUUGGUUAUCAUUCUUCUUUAUCCUAUUGACUGCUUGCUUGUAUACUGGUUGUUACGCAAAGGCGAAAAACGUUUUCAAUAAUGCGGGAAGAGCGGCGAGAUUGGGUCCCAAUAAUUUCGGUUUCCUAUGGACUUCCGUGUUUUUAUUACUACUGACUUCUUAUCUGGCUAGUAUUUUGUCAAGUUCCGCAUUGGAUGAUGUUUGGGCUGUUAAUGUUGUUAAGAAAAACCCUGAAAAUGGGCAAUUGUCUUCCAAAUGGAGAUUCUUCGGAAGAAAAAAUAAUAGAAAUAAGGAUAAGGAUCUUGAAAAUUUUCACGAUGAUGAUUACACUUCUAUCGAUGGAGAAACGGCAGCGGGUACAGCUUCUGGAAAUGUUAUCCUUUCAAAUUCUAACCAGGCUAAUGAUAAUGAACCUAAUUCUAAUGUACAAGUGCAAAAAGAAGUUACUAAUGUUGAAGGAAAUAACUUAAUUUCAAUUCCAGAACAACAGAUACUAUCAACCCCCGGCUAUGCUUAUCCUGUGGAGGAAGAAGAGGAAGUUGAUGAUGUAAUUAUUACAGAUCCACGUUCAAUUAGAAGUGACAAUAGCAAUACAAAAGUUACCACAACCUACUAA